AAAUAUGAAAAAGUAAUUUUCUAUUAUAAGAACUAGUACAAAUUUUUUUCAUUGCAUUGAUACUAUUAUCACUUGAAGGUCAAGAUCUUUCUUGAUAUAAAUAGGGCAACUAAAUGUCUAGGUGGUAGUCUAGUUCGGUACUUUAGGCCUAUCAACAUGAACGCUUUAAUCCUCGCCACCUUCGCCUGCCUGGCAGUAGCCUCCGCCUCCCCAUCAGGCCUAGGAGCUGUUAUAGCAGGACCAGCAGGAAUUGUAUCAGGACACGCCAUUCCCGGUGCCAUCGGCCUUGGUGGUAUUGGUGCUCUUGGUGGAGUUGGUCUAGGAUUAGGAGCUGGACUCGUAGCCCCUCAUGCAGGAGCAGUCAUCGCAGGACCUUCCGCUGUUGUUGCAGGAGCAGGUCUAGCUGGACCUGUUGCCGUAGCAGCACCAGCUCUCGCUGUUGGAGGAGUAGGAGCCAUCACCGCUGGAGGUGGCGCCAUCUCCGCCACUGGACACGGAGCUGCCGUCAGAGGACCACCAACUGCCCCAGUUGUUGUAUCUGGACCCUCAGGAACUGUAGCUGCUGAUGGUCUCUGGGGACCAACCGCAAACAUUGGAGGACCUGGCGCUCUUGGAGCUAUUGGACAUGGAAUCAUCGGUCAUGGAGCCAUCGCCCAUUUGGGUUGAGUGUUCGGAAGAUCCCUGUAAAUACGUCUUGCCACCUACAUGAAAUUUUCCAUAACUACAUUCUACCUUCAUCUGAUCAAAAUGAUCAUUGUCAUUUUUAUUCAUCAUUAUCCUGCAUGUCUGUGUGUGUUGUUCUAUGUGUUUAUUGAAUAAAAUAUUUACACACCAA